AUGGACGGCGAUGCCAAGUUGCGCUACUUUGAGAUGCUGUUGAGGCUCGGCUACAAGGAGAUUGAGGUCUCGUACCCGUCAGCGUCGCAGACCGAGUUUGACUUUACAAGGCGGCUUAUCACGACUGGCGCAAUCCCGGAGGACGUCACCAUCCAGGUGAUGGCGCCGUGCCGGGAGGACCUGAUCCUGACGACGAUCGAGGCCGUGCGCGGGGCCAAGAAGAUCAUUGUACAUAUCCACAUGUCCACGUCGGCCUGCUUCCGCGAGGUCGUCUUCAAAAAGUCCAAGGGCGAGAUGCUGGCGCGCGCGGUGCGGUGCGCACAGCUUGUCCGCGAGGCCACGCGGCUCUCGCCGGGCGCGGAGACGCGCCAGACCGAGUGGACGCUCGAGUUCACGCCCGAGAACUUCCAGGACACGUCGCUGGACUUUGCACUCGAGAUCUGCGAGGCCGCCAAGGCGGUGUGGCGUCCGACCCGGGACAACCCCAUCAUAUUCAACCUGGCCGCCACCGUCGAGGGCUGUCUGUUCGGCAACGGCGAGCGGACAGGAAACGUGGACCUGGUCACGCUCGGCAUGAACCUGUACACGCAGGACCUCGGGCGCGAGCACCAGGCCAUCAUCCGCAUCAACGCGCAGAGCGGCAAGGGGGGCAUCGGGUGGCUCGCCAAGAAUGUGCUAGGCGGCGUCGAGCUGCCGCGAGGCCUGGAGAUCGCCUUCACGCGCGUGGUCAAGAGCCACGCCGACGCCACCGGGGGCGAGAUCACGCACGCUGUCCUCGAAGGCUUGUUCCAGAGGGAAUACAUGUCCCUGGGGGCCUCUCAGAUCGCGACAGUGCGUUGUGAUCACACGAUGGAGGACAGCAGUGUCCAAGUGGACGCUGCCGUCGCCGUGGGCGGCGUCCAGCACCAUCUUCGUGGCGCGGGGCCCGACCUCAUCAGCAGCAUCGUGCAAGCCGUACAGCGGUCAACCCUGACCGAGACUGGAUUUUCCACACGGCAUCACUCCAUCCAGAAGCAGCAAGGUCAGGAAGAGGACAAGCACGCCGUCUUCGUUGAGUUGGGUGAGGUCGACGCCCAUGGCUGCUGGGGCGUGGGGAUGCACGACAGUGUGGCAUGGGCUUCUUUGGCUGCUGUAAGUCUUCAACUCUCCAUCAACUUCGGCACUCUCUGCAUUGAUCUCACGGUUAUCCAGGUUCUCUGCGCCGUCGGAAAAGCACAAAAUGACUCCAGCCGCGCAACGACUCCCCAUUCAACAAGUCCGGGAUCAGGCAAAGGGUCGGAUGAUCAAUGGACGUGUGUCUGUAGUCUUGGCUGUGACGGGGCUUAG